ACAAAAGGUAAUCACUCGAGUUCACUCUGAGGGAAUAUAGGAAAGACAAAUUCGCUCCCAUUACAUCUAGAGAUAUUGAAAAAAUAUCGACCAUAUUGACGUCAGCUACUCACAGUCAAUUGCGAGUUCAACGCCAUUGUUUGCAGUGAGCAACUCAUACAUUUUUUUGGAACCUUGCCUACCUGGGAAAUUUUGAUCUGAGCUGGGUGCGUCCUAAUGAAUCUAAAUCUAUUGGCGGUGGUUUUACUUUCAGCUUCGUCAGACUUGCCGACAUUCGUCAUCUCAUUCACGCCUUACGUAGCGUCGCGAUGGUGCAACAAAAAGACCGUGCAACUUGAAGAUCGUAGCCCCGGUAAUUCAUCAUUUCGAUCUGUAAGCGUCAAACGCUUCUCCCGCCGCGAGGACGACGACGAAACUCCACUCGCCUUGAAGGUUAUUGAUCGUUCAUGGAAUUUUGUCUCCUUUGAAACGCCGCUGCUUGGUAUCGAGCUGGGAUAUUUUCUCAUAUUGGGAGGUAUUGCUUGCGUUUCUUCAAUUGUUCAAACUAUCUUGACUAUCUUGUUAUUUGGCUUGUUUUACUUCGCUGUGCGAGAAUUGGCAAAUGAAGGCGAUGACAUUUUCGAUACUUUUGAGCAUGCCAAAAAUGAUUCCAAAUUGAUGGCUCGCGAUGAGCUCGAAUCAAAUGAACGGCUGUUAACUUCCUUUUCGCUUUUUGGGGCCGCUGUUUUGGGGAGCAUUAUUGCACCAAGGGAGGGUGACGAGGUGACUUCAUCGCUCUUUUUUGUUUUCGUGUUGUUAGCUCUUCCAGUCACAGUAUUGGUAUCGGGUGUCAUCGAUCUCAAAAAAGAUUCGCCUUCCAUCGACCAGCAACUGAUGGCUAUGUGGGACCAAAAAUUCGCCAACCGGAACCACCGUGAGAAAUAG